AUGGCUGACCCCAAAUACGCCAACUUGCCUGGAAUCGUAAGUGGCUUGUUAGCUUGCUUGCUAGUCAGCGUCGCGUUGUGAGUAGUUAGCGCUAGUGUUUAUGAGAUGUUUGAUGAAUGCUAGUAAAGCUAAGCUCUAAACAAAACCACAGAGUCCCGACAACUAGUUAACUAACUAGUUAUCCAAACGUUUGCUAGCUAUCAUUGUUGGUUUGACACGUAAGCCUGAUAUGAUAACGUAAGUGUACUAGCUAGCAACCUAAACUAACGCUAGCUAGCCAGUGUUAGACCCCUCCCUGGUUAACUGCUUCUUCUAUGCAUUGAAAUUGACCGUUAAAUAACAGACAUGUCUUACAACUCAUAACAUUUCUAAACGUGGUCUUUGGACGGCUAACUAGCUAUUAGUUAGGCUAACAAAUGCAGCAGCUAGUUAAUCCAGUUGUGUGAUUGAAUGGGUCAACGCCCCGGCUUGUGUCGAGGCACAGAUCUGGGGAAGGGUACCAAAAAUUGCCUGCAGCAUUGACGGUCCCUAAGAACACAGUGGCCUCCAUCAUUCUGAAAUGGAAGGAGUUUUGAACCACCAAGACUCUUUCUAGAGCUGGCCGCCCGGCCAAACUGAGCAAUCAGGGGAGAAGGGCCUUGGUCAGGGAGGUGUUUUGUCACAAUUUAUGCUAUCACAACAAGGAAAUUUAAAUGGCAACUCGACUUCAUCUCGGGACUAACAACACCCAUGCCAAUAUCCUCCAAACAACGGCUUCUUGGGCAUUAUCACUUAAUCAGAACACAAGUAGCUAGCUAUGUCAAUGUAAAAUUAAUUGCGUUAUAGAAUAUUGAUUGAUUUGAAUGAUUUUGUCUUCAUAGGCGUCCAACGAGCCAGAUGUAUAUGAGACCAGCGACCUGCCAGAAGAUGACCAGGCACAGUUUGAGUCGGUGAGUGAAAGUUGGAGGAGAGAGGAAAGAAGGGAUUGUGGAGAGGGAACGGGAGGGUUUCGACCCCCAAACACAGUUUUGGAAUCAUCUGUUGCUGAUGUGGCUUAGCAGCAUGACUUCCUCUAAGAUAACCACUGCAUGAUGCAGAGUGGUUGGUUGGUUGUUUGAUUGAUUAGCAUCUCUGUAUCCUCAUGCUGGCUCAUGGAUCAAGUCUGCUUUAGAACAUACGUAAUUCUGUUAUAACGAUUUAUUUUUGACGUGCACUUGGCCAAAUGGUUUAUCACUUUUGUAGGGAAUGGUGUUUUUUAUUGAUUAGGAUUCAUGCAAGACAUUUAGUAGGCCUAAUAAUCCUCAGUUUUCACCUUGACAUAGAAUUGUAGCACGUCAGAGGAAAUUGAAUCUAAGAUGUCUGUCUGUUGUGUGUGCUGACCUGCUACUGUAUUUGUGUUUUAACAUCCCUUUCCCCAUUCCUAACAGUAUACAUGUUAACAGAAGCUUACUAACUAAAUAUCGUUACUAACUACGUUGCUAAUCAAACACUAGGUUUAAUACUGCAACACACUCUAAACCAUUCAGAAUGUAAAUUGCAGAUUUGCACUAGCCUACUUUUAAUAUCUGUGACCAUCAGGAUUUCAUCACACUCGCGCAGUUUCUUAAUGGAUGGGUGUCUCACUCGGUUGAGUUUAUUUACCUCAUCCUAUGGCUCUAAACCCAUUUUCUUUCUAACCAUCUCAUCUUUGACUUAGAGGCUCAGAAAUGGCUUUUCCCUCUGCCAAUCCCCUCCUUCCACUGACUACAUGAUGCUAACAAUACCAAGUACAGGAUUAGAGGCUUGAGUGAAUAGUGAGAGGCUCAGGGCAUAUGUUGCCUAAACACACACAGGAUAUCAGAUAUUUAUAUUCACAGUCACACAUACAGCAUAUAACAUUCAUCUUCUGCCCCUGUGUGUGUACAGUAUGAUCUCUGAUGUCAACAGCCUAUAACCAAUGCUGCUGAUGUAUCACAAUAACCAAGGCAUAGGCCGUGUGGGGCUGAGAGAGAGAGAACCGCGACGCCAUGUUGAGCAGACGGUCAGCCUGGCUCAGAACACUGUUCUCUUUAUCUCCCCUGGCAGUGAUGGCUGGCUGCUGCUGUUGUGCAUGGCAUGUGAUAACCACAUUAAUCUGUGUUUUUCUCUCUCUCUCUUUCCUCCUUCCCCUCUUUUGUUUCUCCCUGUGCUCUUCCUCUUUCUCUAACUCUCUUUGGGAACCCAAGGAGCUGGUAAGAUCCUCAAUGACUGACUCACCCCUCCUUCCUCCUAACAUCUACUUGUUUGUCUGUGUUGCAUGUGUCUGUACUGUGUCAGUCUGUCUUUACUGUCUGUAUUAGUGGUGAUUAAUCCCAUGAGCCUCUUUGAUUCAUGUGAGCUGAUCAUUUGGACUAUAGACACAUUGAUCACUUCAUAUUCAGUUCCUCAAUACUCAACCUAGUGCACAGUUGCCUGAGGCUCUAGAAUGAUGCUCUUCAAGUUUUAUUAGUCGUAGGUUCCCGGAACAACUAAUGAUAGGAGUCUGAUUCUUCCAAUGAGUAGAUACAUGUCACGAAUUGAUUUAUUAACAGGCAAUAGCUGAUCUCAUAGAAGUCAUGCAGAGAUGAAAGACCAAAGCCACAGGAGAAACUCUGAAUACCAAAUAGGCUAAAGGCUGAAACUAAAACCAAACUAUACCAUAUGAUGUGCUGCGGGUCUCAUUCUACUGUAUUCUUCACUCCCGCCUACCAUUUGCCUAAGUUUUUAGGCCCCAUAGCUUCCAUCAGUCAGCUGUGCAAGCGGUUAAUUUUCAUGUAGAGCAGACGUUGGUUCCUGGUUCUUGGAUACCCCAGAGUCAUUGUUAACUUUCCAUCCACAUUCUGUUCACACCCUCUUACAUAAUUAGUGUUGUUCGGUUUCAUUGGUCAAUAAAGAGCUUGUUUAAAGAUUAUUGAUUGUUGAAACAAUACACGGCAAACCUUCAUUACUUUGUGUUGAGGACUCUAAAUUGUUUCUCUUUCUUGAUCAAAUCGUAAGUCAACCAUCUUGGUUUUCCUUCCUGGAGAAUAGACUGGUUUCCCCAACUGAAUACAGAUACAUGUCAUAAUGUGUGUGUUUUGGUGUUAAUGAGAGGUGUGUGUGUGUGUGUGAGCUGUCAUGGGUUUGUGAGUUGGAGCUGUCAUAGAUUGGCAUCUCACGUGGGUCCUCUGUCAAACUGUGUGGAUAAACUCUCAUUGAGCUGUAUCUCUGUGACUGGUUGAAUUUAUUGACAAUUAUAGACUACAGAUGACAAUUAGCUUCGUAGCUAGAAUCUGGUGCAUGGGCCCUGUAAAAUAAAAAAUUGUCUGAGGCUGGCUGUACACAUCUAAUGGUUCUGGUUGUACAGAUACAAGGGACUAGUUUCCAGAUCAUAUUUAAAGAGCCAGUGUGACAGAUGGCCCAUGAAGAGAACACUAACAGCAGAAAUCCCCAUCAAUCCUAUCAAUCAAAUGGGAAUCAACCCUUUUGGAAUAAUUUUGCCCUAGAUCCACUCGCAGACCUCUCAUUCCCAAACCAUGUGUACAUUUGCGACUUGGCUGGUAAGGUCAAUCUCUGAGUGGAUUGGAGAAGGGAAAGGGAAGAAUAUGGCAGCAUCUCAAUAGUACAAAGAGAGGUGAGAUGCAGCCUGUGUCCUGUGUAUUCCUGUGGUAUAUCUGACAUGACGUUCUCUCUGGGUGCCUCCCUCCAUAACAGGAAGAGCUGUGCAGUGACAGUGUGGAAAGGAUCGUGGUCAACCCUAAUGCAGCCUACGACAAGUUCAAGGACAAACGCGUCAGUACUAAAGGACUCGGUCAGUCUACUACAGCCAACAGCUGGAUGUCCAGGCAUGAUAUACAGUGCAUUCGGAAAGUAUUCAGACCCCUUGAAUUUUUCCACAUUUUGUUAAGUUACAGCCAUAUCCUAAAAUUCAUUAAAUUGUUUUUUUUCCCCCUUAUCAAUCUACACACAAUACCCCAUAAUGACAAAGCGAAACAGGUUUUUCGAUUUUUUCCAAAUGUAUAGAAAAUAGAAAACAUACCUUAUUUACAUAAGUAUUCAGAUCCUUUGCUAUGAGACUCGAAAUUGAGCUCAGGUGCAUCCUGUUUCCAUUGAUCAUCCUUGAUGUUUCUACAACUUGAUUGGAGUCCACCUGUGAUACAUUCAAUUGAUUGGACAUGAUUUGGAAAGGCGCACACAUGUCUAUGUAAGGUCCCACAGUUGACAGUGCAAAAACCAAGCCAUGAGGUCGAAGGAAUUGUCUGUAGAGUUCAGAGGCAGGAUUGUGUCGAGGGACGGAUCUGGGGAGGGUACCAAAACAUUUCUGCAGCAUUGAAGGUCCCCAAGAACACAGUGGCUUCCAUCAUUCUUAAAUGGAAGAAGUUUGGAACCACCAAGACUCUUCCUAGAGCUGGCCGCCCGGCCAAACUGAAAAAUCGGGGGAGAAGGGCCUUGGUCAGGGAGGUGACCAAGAACCCGGUGGUCACUGACAGAGCUCCAGAGUUCCUCUGUGGAGAUGGGAGAACCUUCCAGAAGGACAACCAUCUCUGCAGCACUCCACCAAUCAGGCCUUUAUGGUAGAGUGGCCAGACGGAAGCCACUCCUCAGUAAAAGGCACAUGACAGCCUGCUUGGAGUUUGCCAAAAGGCACCUAAAGGACUCUGACCAUGAGAAACAAGAGUCUUUGGUCUGAUGAAUCCAAGAUUGAACUCUUUGGCCUGAAUUCCAAGCGUCGCAUCUGGAGGAAACCUGGCACCAUCCCUACGGUGAAGCAUGGUGGUGGCAGCAUCAUGCUGUGGUGAUGUUUUUCAGCGGCAGGGACAGGGAGACUAGUCAGGCUCGAGGGAAAGAUGAACGGAGCAAAGUACAGAGAGAUCCUUGAUGAAAACCUGCUCAGGACCUCAGACUGGGGCGACGAUUCACCUUCCAAAAGGACAACGACCCUAAGCACACAGCCAAGACAACGCAGGAGUAAGUGGCUUCGGGACAAGUCUCUGAAUGUCCAUGAGUGGCCCAGCCAGAUCCCGAACUUGAACCCGAUCGAACAUCUCUGGAGAGACCUGAAAAUAGCUGUGCAGCGACGCUCCCCAUCCAAGCUGACAGAGCCUGAGAGGAUCUGCAAAGAAGAAUGGGAGAAACUCCCCAAAUACAGGUGUGCCAAGCUUGUAGCAUAUACCCAAGAAGGCUCGAGGUUUUAAUCGCUGCCAAAGGUGCUUCAACAAAGUACUGAGUAUAGGGUCUGAAUACUUAUGUAUAUGUGAUAUUUUAGUUUAGUUUUUUAAUGUAUUUACAAACAUUUUUGCGUUGUCAUUAUGGGGUAUUGUGUGUAGAUUGAGGAUUUUUAUUUGAUCCAUUUUAGAAUAAGGCUGUAACGUAACAAAAUGUGGAAAGUCGAGGAGUCUGAAUACUUUCCGAAUGCACUGGAAGGGCAGGAGUUUUCCCCUUACCACACGACCUGACCUGGAAUAACUUUUCCUGCAUAUUGUAUCAUAUUAUAUAGUCUAUAUGCAGAGCAGUUGACCUCAGUCACAUGAUCAGAAACUCCUAGCUCUAGUAACAUGGUCAGGGAAAACUCCUGGCCCUAGACAUGAGGCAUUUCAUGAAUUGGUCACAAAUCACCUAAUAUUCUUGUCUCUCCUGUAAUAAAUGUAUCUUCCAGACUUCUCAGACCGUAUCAGUAAGAACAAAAGAGUGGGCUAUGAGUCGGGAGAAUAUGAGAUUGUGAGUAAACUCUGGGCCUACAUUAUUGAAUUUCAUAUUGAUAAUCUUAGUUAUAUAAAUAUAUAUAUCAAAUUUGAAUUUCUGUGAAAUCAAUGGCAAGACGUUUUUCUGUUUUAAUCGUGUGUGUUAUUUGCUGUCUGUUCAAGUGCUUCACUCUGUUGUCUGUGUUAACUGGUUGUCCUCUCUCUCUCUCUCUCGCUCUCUCCUCUCUUCUCUCACUUAAUUCCUCUUUUCUCCCUGUCUAGUUGGCAGAGGGCUGUGGGUUGAAGGAAACUCCCCAGCAGAAGUACCAGCGGCUGGUCAAUGAGAUCCAGGAGCUCAGUCAGGAGGUGGAAACUAUCCAGGUAGGGCCCAGACACAGUCCCAAACAACCUGUUUGCUUCUACCCCCUAGGCCUAGACUAUCCAGGUCAGACAGGAAAAUCAGGAAUCCCUGAAAUCAUCCUUUAUGUACUGUUAACACCAUUGACCUAGACAUACCCCCCCCCCCCCCCCCCCCCCCAGGCGACCACGAAGGAUAGCAGUGCGGAGGAGCGUCUGACCCCAGUAGUCCUAGCCCAGCAAGCUGCCCAGCUCAAACAGCAGCUGGUCUCUGCCCACCUGGACUCUCUGCUGGGACCACAGGCACAUAUCAACCUAGCUGACCCAGACGGAGCACUGGCCAAGUAAGGGAGGGAGGGAGGGAGGGGAAGGGACUCCCUUCUGGGUCCCAUUAGUGCUCGCCAAGUGAGGAGAGGGAAGGAGGAAGGGAUUAAAAAUGGUAGCAAAUGCAAUUUAGUCAUGUCAUGUUACAUAGUUGUCAGAAAGGGAGACAAUAUUACGCAGUCUUAGCAGUCGCUGCUCUUAUUAAAGACUUAAAAGGCGGCAGGUAGCUUAGCGAUUAAGAGCGUUGGGCCAGUAACCGAAAGGACGCUGAAUCCCUGAGUUGACUAGGUGAAACAUUUAAUGUGCCCUUGAACAAGGCACUUAAACCCUAAUUGCUCCUGUAAGUCACUCUGGAUAAGAGCAUCUGCUAAAUUACUGAAAUGUAAAAGACUUAUCGUAUUUUCCCUGGUUCUUAUCCCCCUAUGUUAUUCCCUUCCUUACCCUCCCUCUCUCCUCCUCCUCCUCUCCCUUCUCCACCCUUUUCUCUCUAUUUCUUUCUCUCCACCCCUCCCUCUCCCAUUUUCCCUCUCUAUCCCCCCUCCUCCUCUCCUCUCCCCCAGGCGUCUGCUAACCCAGCUGGAGGCAGCGAGGAGCAGUAGGGGGAGUACAGGGGAGGGGAAGGCCCCAGCAACAGCUAAAGGUCCUGAUGGUGUGGUGCUCUAUGAGCUGCACAGCCGGCCAGAGCAGGAGAAGUUCACCGACGCUGCCAAAGUAAGGGGCCCCGGGGCCAUGGGUGGGUGUGUGCCAAAUGGCCACCAGUUGCGGUGCGUGCCCAUGUGAGUGAAGAGAGCUCAAUGAGUGUUGGCUUUUGUGUCUGUUGUUGUGCAAGAUGGGUUGGUGAUGUAACGUUAGGUGUGUGAGGUCUGUUGACUAAAUUAUUUGUCUUUGUUACAUCAUUUAUUAGUUAAUUCUCCAUGUCUCCUUUGUGUAGAUGGCAGAGCUGGAGAAGCGGCUUGCAGAGCUGGAGACGGCUGUGGGCUCUGGAUCAGACAAACAGGGUCCUCUGAGUGCUGGGGUGCAGGGAGGCAGUCUCAUGGUGAGUCUCUUCUGAACUCUUCUUUCAGGACUGAACUCAACCCUUAUCAUCAAUCACUGUUAAUUACUGAGGCAGAAUUACUCCAAAUUAUCAAAUUCAACCUACAUAGCAACAACUUCACUUCACCGUCAUGAUUGGAAGCCCAUCAAUCCCUGUGACCGAGGUCUCUCCCUCUCACCCCCCCCCCCCCCUCCAUCUCUCUCUCUUUCCAUCUCUUUCUUUUUCUUCUCCCCCCAGGACACCAUGGAGCUGCUGCAGGCGAGGGUCAGUGCUCUGGACUCAGCCACUCUGGACCAGGUAGAGGCCAGACUGCAGGUAACACACCUUUACCGUUGCAGAGGCAAAUGCAAAACUGAUCAGUGCCUGGGGCAGCUUCAGCCUACUCCACACUGUGUGUCUUCCCGCUUCUAGUUGUCAGAAGGCUCGGAGGGACCUUGACAACCAACACCAUUUUUUAUCGUACUGCAAUACUACACUUUUAUGUACAUGUGAUGUUUUUGUGUUGUGUUUGUAUAGAGUGUCCUUGGGAAGAUGAAUGAGAUUGCAAAGCACAAGGCAGCCAUCGAAGAUGAUGACACACAGAACAAGGUCAGUAACUACCUUUAAAAUGUGAACUUUAUACAGCAUCUUAGUACUAUUUCACACAAUGUUUAAAGUAAUUGUGGCUUGACCAGGAAAAACUCUUGGCCCAAACUAUCCCCUAUAGAUCAAACCCUGACAAUCCAUUACCAACCAUAUAAUUAUUCUGACUGCAUUUUGCAGCAACUCAUUCUGCUGUCAGCCAAUAUUGUUCACCCCCAACCUUAUCAUUAUUUGGUCUGCAACUUGUUCCAAUAACUUAUGUUGUCUGUCAGGUGUCUCGGCUGUAUGACGUGGUGCAGAAGUGGGACGCCAUGGCAACCUCUCUGCCUCAGGUGGUGCAGAGGCUCAUGGCUGUCAAAGGGUUGCAUGAACAAGGUAAUAACUAGGGCUGGCACAAUUACCGUGUAACCGGCGGUUAUGGAUAAGGACUGUCAUGAAAAUAAAAUAACCGUUAAAAAACAACGGGGGGGGGGGGGACAGGACAAACAGCUGACUGAAGACAGGAAGCCGGACAUUUGUGCGGUUGAGUCCGUUUCUGCGAUAACAUGCUCUUAACAACGUGAUGAAACUUUGUUGCUCCUUGCUGAAACAAGCAACAAAUAUAAUAAAAUCUAACUUUAUUUAUACAGCACAUUUCAGACAUGGAAUGCAACGCAAUGUGCUUUUACAGGAAAAAACGAAUAUCUUUACUACACAACAAACAUUAGAUAAAAAACAAAAGAAUGACACAAACUGAACAACUAAAAAGCACCCUGAGGAAAAGCAAAGCUAAAAAUGUUUUUUAAGAUCUCUUUUAACUGUCCACAGUUUCGGCCCCCCUCAGGUUCCCUGGCAGGCUAUUCCAGAGGCUGGGGCCAUAACCAAAGGCUGUCUCUCCAUGCGUCUUGAUUCUAGGCUUUGGGAUAAUUAAAAGGCCAGUGCCAGAGGACCUGAAGGACCUACUGGGUACAUAACUUAAAAGUAUGUCUGACAUGUAUUGGGGUGGAUUGAUUUAAAAACCAAUAGAAUAUUAAAAUUAAUUCUUAAACUCACAGGCAGCCAGUGCAGAGACCUUAAAACCGGUGUAAUGUGUGCUCUCAGUCUGGUCUUGGUCAGUACCUGUGUUGUAGCAUUCUUUAAGUUUUGCAGUUGGCCAAUUGUUUUCUUGGGUAGACCAGACAGGAGAGCAUUACAGUAGUCAAGCCUGCUUGUAAUAAAAGCAUAGAUGAGUCUCUCUGUAUCAGCCUGCGAGAGAAAUGGCUGCACCAUGGCAAUGUUCCUCAGGUGGCAAAAAGCUAUUUUGGUCACAUUCCUAAUGUGAUUCGAAAUUUAGUUCAGGAUCUAAAAUAACACCUAGGUUUUUUACCUUGUGUUUUAUCUUUAUUGCCCGUGUAUUAAAAUAUGUGGCUAUUCUCUUUGAGCUUUCGCUCCAGCAAUAAGUACCUCGGUCUCGUCUUGAUUUAGCUGGAGGAAGUUGUGACCCAUCCAAGUAUUUAAAUAUUUAAUACAGUCUAAUAUUUCCAUGGAGCUAAAAUCCUCGUGACACAGAAAUGUAAAGUUGUGUAUUGUCUGCGGAGCAGUGAAAAUCAAUCAUGUGAUUUCUGAUAAUGCUUACCAAGGGCUAAUCUACAGUGAGGGGGAAAAAGUAUUUGAUCCCCUGCUGAUUUUGUACGUUUGCCCACUGACAAAGAAAUGAUCAGUCUAUAAUUUUAAUGGUAGGUUUAUUUGAACAGUGAGAGACAACAAAAAAAUAUCCAGAAAAACGCAUGUCAAAAAUGUUAUGAAUUGAUUUUCAUUUUAAUGAGGGAAAUAAGUAUUUGACCCAUCUGCAAAACAUGACUUAGUACUUGGUGGCAAAACCCUUGUUGGCAAUCACAGAGGUCAGAUGUUUCUUGUAGUUGGCCACCAGGUUUGCACACAUCUCAGGAGGGAUUUUGUCCCACUCCUCUUUGCAGAUCUUCUCCAAGUCAUUAAGGUUUCGAGCCUGACGUUUGGCAACUCGAACCUUCAGCUCCCUCCACAGAUUUUCUAUGGGAUUAAGGUCUGGAGACUGGCUAGGCCACUCCAGGACCUUAAUGUGCUUCUUCUUGAGCCACUCCUUUGUUGCCUUGGCCGCGUGUUUUGGGGUCAUUGUCAUGCUGGAAUACCCAUCCACGACCCAUUUUCAAUGCCCUGGCUGAGGGAAGGAGGUUCUCACCCAAGAUUUGAUGGUACAUGGCCCCGUCCAUCGUCCCUUUGAUGCGGUGAAGUUGUCCUGUCCCCUUAGCAGAAAAACACCCCCAAAGCAUAAUGUUUCCACCUCCAUGUUUGACGGUGGGGAUGGUGUUCUUGGAGUCAUAGAAUGCAUUCCUCCUCCUCCAAACACGACUAGUUGAGUUGAUGCCAAAGAGCUCCAUUUUGGUCUCAUCUGACCACAACACUUUCACCCAGUUCUCCUCUGAAUCAUUCAGAUGUUCAUUGGCAAACUUCAGACAGGCAUGUAUAUGUGCUUUCUUGAGCAGGGGGACCUUGCGGGCGCUGCAGGAUUUCAGCCCUUCACGGCGUAGUGUGUUACCAAUUGUUUUCUUGGUGACUAUGGUCCCAGCUACCUUGAGAUCAUUGACAAGAUCCUCCCGUGCAGUUCUGGGCUGAUUCCUCACCGUUCUCAUGAUCAUUGCAACUCCACGUGGUGAGAACUUGCAUGGAGCCCCAGGCCGAGGGAGAUUGACAGUUCUUUUGUGUUUCUUCCAUUUUCAAAUAAUCGCACCCUGUUGUCACCUUCUCACCAAGCUGCUUGGCGAUGGUCUUGUAGCCCAUUUCAGCCUUGUGUAGGUCUACAAUCUUGUCCCUGACAUCCUUGGAGAGCUCUUUGGUCUUGGCCAUGGUGGAGAGUUUGGAAUCUGAUUGAUUGAUUGCUUCUGUGGACAGGUGUCUUUUAUACAGGUAACAAGGUGAGAUUAGCUUGUUACCUGUAUAAAAGACACCUGGGAGCCAGAAAUCUUUCUGAUUGAGAAGGGGUCAAAUACUUAUUUCCCUCAUUAAAAUGCAAAUCAAUUUUUGACAUGUGUUUUUCUGGAUUUUGUUGUUGUUAUUCUGUCUCUCACUGUUCAAAUAAACCUACCAUUAAAAUUAUAGACUGAUCAUUUCUUUGUCAGUGGGCAAACGUACAAAAUCAGCAGGGGAUCAAAUACUUUUUUCCCUCACUGUAUAUAAACUUAACAAUACUGGAUCCAAAAUUGAACCUUGAGUUAUGUUCACCAAGGGUGACAAACUCUUGACCAGUUAAGUAGGUCCUAAACCAAUUUAGAACUGGACCGGAGAGGCCAACCUACCUCUGUCCAGAAGGACAUCCUGGUCAACCGCGUCGAAUGCAGCACUUAAAUCUAAGAGUACAAGGACAGAGAGCUGUUUGGCAUCUGUGUUGACUCUAAGAUCAUUUACCACUUUAACUAAGGCUCUCUCUGUGCUGUGGUGGGCACGAAAACCAGAUUGGAAUUUUUCAAAAAUAGGUGGCACAAAUUUAUUUUUUUUGCUGUUUGAACACCAAUUUCAUCAGAUUUUUGCUUAAGAAAGUAAGGUUGGAGAUUGGCAGAAAAUUGCUAAGAGCUGAAGAAUCUAGAUUACUUUUCUUCAGACCUGACUCAUCAGUCUUAGUCUCUCAGUGACUCUGUCUCUCUCUAGCCAUGCAGUUUGGUCAGCUGCUGACCCACCUGGACACCACCCAGCAGAUGAUCAACAACUCUCUGAAGGACAAUGGAACACUGCUCUCACAGGUAGGAAACACUACCUACUACUAUCACUAACUGCUUUCACACUGCUAUAGGACACAUUUCACACUGCUCUAACAGGUUGGUAGGACUGCUGCUGGGACUGACGUGACCUUUACACUACUGAGCUCUUGUACCUUUCACACUGUAUUGAGCUGUACUGUACUGCACUGGCCUGGUUACCCAUCCAUCAUAGUUGCUGGAACUGUACUGGAAAGGAGAAUGUGAAAUGAUGGUGUGGAAAGGGUAAUAAAGUUCUCAUCUAUCUGGGACAAACAUGGCCGUGUACAAACCCCCAAAGUGUCACCUGUACACUGUGCAUUCAGUAUUUUUUUGAUGAAGGUCUUACUCUUGUGUAGCUAGACAGCCUGUCCAUUCAAUACACUCUGCACUGGAGGAUGUAUUUUAUAGAUAGGUAAUAUAUUUCACCUUCCGUUUGAGACAGAACUCCAAGGUAGCAUCCUACCUAUGUAGGAGACCAGGGGAAAUUGUAUUCUUUUUUGGUGUUUUACUCUGUCUUAGAUACCACUUGGCCAUUUUUUGAUAUAAGAAACUUACAUCGGUCUCCUAAUCAUUCAUACCAUUUAUAUGUCUGUACAUAAGACGGUCGGAUCACAAUAUUGAUUUUAUUUUCCGAAAAGUCUGGACGUUACAUUUUCCCCCGUGCCAGGGGCAAUUGCAACAGUAGUUGGGGUAAAAUGUAACAUGUUAAAAAAGAAACCAAAUAAACUCACUUAACUUAAACAUUCAUGUUCAUUAAUUAUCAUAGACAUAUGUCAUGAUUUUGCAAGAAAUAUAAGUAUUUAUAUGUACAGUGCCUUCACACCCCUUGACCUUUUCCACAUUUUGUUGUGUUACCGCCUGAAUUUAAAAUGGAUUAAAUGGAGCUUUUGUGUCACUGGCCUACACACAUUUUUACAAAUUAAUGAGAAGCUGAAAUGUCUUGUCUAAGUAUUCAACCCCUUUGUUAUGGCAAGCCUAAAUAGGUUCAGGAGUAAAAAUGUGCUUAACAAGUCACAUAAUAAGUUGCAUGGAUUCACACUGUGUGCAAUAAUUGUGUUUAACAUUAUUUUUAAAUGACUACCUCACAUCUGUACCCCACACAUACAAUUAUCUCUAAGGUCCCUCAGUUGAGCAGUGAAUUUCAAGCACAGCUUCAACUGCAAACACCAUGGAGGUUUCCCAAUGGUUCGCAAAGAAGGGAACCUAUUAUUUAUUUUACAGUGCAUUCGGAAAGUAUUCAGACUUUUUCCACAUUUUGUUACGUUACAGCCUUAUUCUGAAAUGGAUUACAUGGUUUUCCCCCCCUCAUCAAUCCACAAUAAACUAAAUGACAAAGCAUUUUUUUUUGCAAAUGUAUAAUAAAAAAAAUGUAAAUGGUACAUUUACAUAAGUAUUCAGACCCUUUACUCAGUACUUUGUUGAAGCACCUUUGGCAGCGAUUAUAGCCUCGAGUCUUCUUGGGUAUGACGCUACAAGCUUGGCACACCUGUAUUUGGGGAGUUUCUCCCAUUCUCCUCUGCACAUCCUCUCAAGCUCUGUCAGGUUGGAUGCGUCGCUGCACAGCUAUUUUCAGGUCUCUCCAGGGUUUUGGCAGGGCCACUCAAGGACAUUCAGAGACUUGUCCCGAAGCCACUCCUGCGUUGUCUUGGCUGUGUGCUUAGGGUCGUUGUCCUGUUGGAAGGUGAACCUUCGCCCCAGUCUGAGGUCCUGAGCGCUCUGGAGAAGGAUUUCUCUGUUCUUUGGGAUGGUGCCAGGUUUCUUCCAGACGUGAUGCUUGGCAUUCAGGCCAAAGAGUUCAAUCUUGGUUUCAUCAGACCAGAAAAUCUUGUUUCUCAUGGUCUGAGGGUCCUUUAGGUGCAUUUUGGCACAAUGCUGUCUCGGAGCUCUACGGACAAUUCCUUCGACCUCAUGGCUUGGUUUUUGCUCUGACAUGCACUGUCAACUAUGGGACCUUUUUAUAUAGACAGGUGUGUGCCUUUCCAAAUCAUGUCCAAUCAAUUGAAUUUACCACAGGUGGACUCCAAUCAAGUUGUAGAAACAUCUCAAGGAUGAUCAAUGGAAACAGGAUGCACCUGAACUCCAUUUCGAGUCUCAUAGCAAAGGGUCUGAAUACUUAUGUAAUUAAGGUAGAUCUGUUUUUAUUUAAAAUACAUUUGCAAAAGUUUCAAAAAACCUGUUCGCUUUUAUUUUAAUCAAUUUUAUAAUAAGGCUGUAACGUCACAAAAUGUGGAAAAAGGGAAGGGGUCUGAAUACUUUCCGAAUGCACUGUAUUUGUCAGGGACCAUGUACAACAUGCCAUUGCACCAGAUUUAGCUAGAUAGCUAAUUUUCAUCUGGAGUCCCUGGGUAGAAAACAAUAAACAUCAAUACUUCAUUGCAAUGCUACAAUACACACACAUUGUAAAUCGUGUGCUGUAUAUAUACAGUACCAGUCAAAAGUUUGGACACCUACUCAUGUCAGGAUUUUUCUUAAUUUUUUACUAUUUUCUACAUGUACAAUAAUAGUGAAGACAUCACAAAUAUGUAAUAACACAUAUGGAAUCAUGUAGUAACCAAAGUAGCCACCCUUAGCCUUGAUGACAGUUUUGCACACUCUUGGCAUUUUCUCAACCAGCUUCAUGAGGUAUUAAUUACACUUUGGAUGGUGUAUCAAUACACCCAGUCAUUACAAAGAUACAGGCGCUUUUCCUAACUCAGCUGCUGGAGAGGAAGGAAACCGCUCAGGGAUUUCACCAUGAGGCCAAUGGUGAUUUUAAAACAGUUAGUUUAAUGGCUGUGAUAGGAGAAAAACUGAGGAUGGAUCAACAUUGUAGUUACUCCAAAAUACUUACUAAUAUAAAUUACAGUGAAAAUAUGGAAAAAUUGCAAAACAUGCAUCCUGUUUUGAAAUAUGGCACUAAAGUAAUACUGCAAAAAAAUGUGGCAAAGAAAAACUUUUUGUCCAUAAUACAAAGCGUUAUGUUUGGGGCAAAUCCGAAGUACCACACUUCAUAUUUUCAAGCAUGGUGGUGGCUGCAUCAUGUUAUGGAUAUGCUUGUCAUCAGCAAGGACUAGGGAGUUUUUGGGAAUAAAAAGAGUAUAGCUAAGCACAGGCAAAAUCCUAGAGGAAAACUUGUUUGUCUGCUUUCCAACAGACGCUGGGAGAAUGCGCCUUUCAGCAGGAAAAUUACCUAAAUCACAAGGCCUAAUAUAAACUGGAGAUGCUUACCAAGACAACAUUGAAUGUUCUUGAGUGGCCUAGUUACAGUUUUGACUUAAAUUGGCUUGAAAAUCUAUGGCAAGACUUGAAAAUGGCUGUUUAGCAAUGAUCAACAUCCAAUUUGAUAGAGCUUGAAGAAUUGUUUUAAAGAAUAAUGGGCAAGUAUUGUACAAUCCAGGUGUGCAAAGAUCUAGAGACUUACCCAGAAAGACUCACUGCUGUAAUCGCUGCCACAGGUGAUUCUAACAUGUAUUGACUCAGGGUUGAAUACUUAGUUUUUGUUAGAAUUUUUCUCCCACUUUGACAUAACAUUUUGUGUCGAUCGUCGACCAAGAAAUUACAAAUAAAUCAGUUUUAAUCUCACUUUGUAACAACAAAAUGUGGGUAAAGUUCAGGGGUGUGAAUACUUUCUGAAAGCACUGUACAUAACCAAUAUUUCCAGUGACACCUGUUUGUGCAUGGCCAUUCGGUUCCUCAAAACAUCUUGAAUAGUCUGAUGGUGCCCAGAUUAUAUCUGUUUACAACUUCUUUGACACUGCCGGCCCCAAAUACUAUUUCAAAUUAGUAUUUGUAUAAUUCAUGGAUAAUUCGUACAAUCAAAGUUAAAAUCACUUUUUUUCUUCAUUUGGAUGCUUGGCUCAGGGUCAUUUUAACACUGCGUUACAAUUGCCCCCAACCCUAACAGCCAUGACAACCAUAUGCCUAGCAAGAGACAAUAGUGACAAAUGUCAAUGUUUAGCAAACACAGUGAUUAAAUUAUGCUAGUUUUAAUUUGUUGACGUUUACUCUUAGGACAGUAAGAAAAAUACAGCCAGUGGAAAAAAACUACUUUCACCCCUAAAAAUACAAUAAAUGUUUCCCAUAAAGCAUUCAAAUAGCGAGAUUUGGGUGAAAGCAGGGAGAGAACCUUAAAGGACAUGUACUGAGUUAAUUUCAUCACUCUAGCGUGUUUCUGUUUGGGGAAAGUCAAGGUGUUACAAUUGCCCCUUGUUACUAUUGCUGCCGGUCUCCCCUACUGUACAGGCCUUGACUAUUAACACAUCUCUCUCCUCCUCUUCGCUCCCUCUUCUCCCAUCAGGUGCAGACGACCAUGAAGGAGAAUCUCCUGUCUGUAGAAGAAAACUUUACUGCCCUGGACCAGAGGAUGAAGAAGCUCAACAAAUAA